GACAGCAAGUUGAACAACAAGAUGGCGGUGACUGAACUUUAGCUUUUGAGACGAACACAACACAGAUAUCAAAACAGAAUUUCCAGUUGAAACAUCAAAUCGUUAGAAAAAUGUUGUAUUCUUAGAUCUCCAAAGACAUUAGUUGGAAGUGUAGUUGUCACCAUGCCAGUCGCUGUUUGCAACCACUCCAGUCAUGGACUGGCUUCAGGCCAUCGUAGUGCGGCUGUUCAUCAACAAAAAUUGAACAAACACAAAAUGAAACAUUGUGGAAUUGAGGUAGUCAAAGGACUAACAUGGAAAGGUUGGGAACCUGGUGGGGAGUACACAAAAAAUGUUGUGCUGAAAAAUGUCAAUGUCAAGACACAGAAGCUGAAAUUUAGUUCUCCUUGCACACGAUUCUUCUCCACCUUGUAUCCUGAACCUAUUGUUCUAAGUGCUGGAACCAGCUACAGUCUACCAAUCACUUUCCGUCCAUUGGAAAAGAGUCUCUACGAAGACAAAAUUGAGUUCCAGACAAAAGAUGGUGUGUUUGACAUCCCAAUACGUGCUGUAUUGCCUCAACAUGAUCUCUCAUUGCCACAACACCUUGAUUUUGGGAUGUGUACAUCAAUGUUCAAUGUCCAAAUGACAUUUGAACUUAUUAACACAAGUGAAUUGGAAACUCGCUUUAUGUGGUUAGUGUCCCAUCCGUUUGUACUUGAACCACCAGCAGGAACUCUGUCUCCAAAAUCUAAGUGCAGUAUCUUAGCUACUUUUAAACCAACUGCUGCUAGGGUAUAUGAAAUGGUGGGAGAGUGUCACUUUGGUGAGGAUUUAACACACAAGAAAUCACUGCGAUUGGAGGGUAUUGGUAAAUAUCCUCAUUUGUUGGUGAGUGCAGCAGGUUCUAUUCCUCAAGCCAGUGAUAGUCUUUCUAUGGAGAGUGUCAUAUCAUUUGGUGCUACUCCAAUUGGUUCAACUGUGCAGAGAGUGCUACAACUCUAUAAUCUAUCACCUGUGAUAACACCCUUCACAAUUGAGCAUCCUACAUCGGAAACACGCAUUGAUACUGUUUUCAGUUGCAGUGAGAUGAGUGGAAGUGCUGGACCAGAAAGUCUUCUACAGAUUCCAGUAACUUUUCAACCACAAACUGUUAAUGAAGAAAGUGUUGAUUACCUUCAUGUGCAUCCUGUGGGAAAGGUCAGCAAAAUGGUGGUUAAGCUUGUAGGCAAGUGUACAGGUCCUGAGGUGACCCUUGGUAGCAAAGUUUUAAAUUAUGGCUUGAUUACUGCCGGCCAAUCAGCCACAAGGACUGUAGAGAUCAUAAACAAGUCCAAUGUAGCAGCAGUGUUUAAGUUUAUGACUGAUAGCAGUGAGAGUAUAUUUAAGUUUGGAGUUGAGAGCUGCAAGUUGGAACCCAAUACCACCCAGACCAUCAUUGUACUCUUCACGCCAACCGUUCCCAUAAACUACUACCGCAGAGUCACAUGUGUUGUUCAAAACCAGGAUCCCCUGUUUGUAGACCUGAUUGGAACCUGUCAUACAGAACUCAUCAAGCCAGCUGUUUUACAACCCAAGCAUUUAGAGAAGUACAAUGAACAUGAGGCUAGAGGGUUCUCAGUAUUCCCACCUGAGCAACUGAACGAGAUGUUAAAGGAAGGCAAACUACAGUUAGAUGAGGCAGGAUACUUGGUUCACAAACAGGCUGAGUCCAUGGAGAGAUAUCUAAAGCCACAGUCUUCACAACUACCAAUGGCUCAAUAUUUCAAUGAUGGAUAUUAUGGUCUCACUGAUAAAACCCAGCAUGUCAGUAUUGAUACUAUCGAGGUUGACUUUGGUUGUUGUGUCAAUUUGAAGCACAUUGAGACUAAGACAGUCAAUGUAACCAACCAUACCAAGGGUAAAAUAACAGUCACAUGGAUGACUGAUGAAAGUCAUGUGUACUCUAUCACACCAGUGACAUGUGACAUCCCACCUCUUAAGAUGACAUCAUUCAGAGUCACAUUCAAACCGGGAGUUCCAAAUCAGUUUUUUGCUGCUGAACUUGAAGGAUUUGCAUUCUACAAGAGUAUGCGUGAUUAUAGAUUAGUACAAGAUGAGACCUUUAGCCCACCAUGGUGCUUGACUGUAUCUACUGUUGGACAUACCUUCCAGCCAGGAAAUCAAACCUUCCUACCUAAGAUGUCCUUUGAUACCAACAGAGUGAUUUUGCCAGCUGUUGAUACAGGUGACUCCAUUUACAAGACCAUAGUGUUGACCAAUGAAGGGUCUACACCAAUCCACUAUGCAUUACAAGAUGACCCAUCUGGCACAUUUCAAGUGAAACCACAUAAAGGCCUUGUUGGAGAUAAGUAUGAACUGUUUGUAGUCAGGCUGACUCCAAAGACUGACAAUAUCCGGUUAAGACAUGAACUUCGCUGUAGGUUUAACGAUGACAGCAAACAUGAUAAAAACAUUGAGCUUCUUGGGUCAUCAGAACAACCUAAUAUACUUCUGGAUUCAGAGGGAGUACUGUACUUCAAACCUACCUGCAUCGGGACUUCAUCUCAACAUAGCUACAAGAUCAGGAAUAUUUCACGUAUUCCACUCAAAUAUACCUGGAAAAUACCUGGGGAUGGGAAGUCGGUCAUCAAUGUUGAACCAGCAAGUGGUGUAAUACUACCUAAUGAACAACAGGCUCAUGUAUGGACAUUUUCACCGCAAGAGGACAAAAAGUUUGUUCUGAAACCCUAUGUGUAUGUGGAAGACAUCAAACAUGAAGGUGAUUUGAAGCGAAGACAGCACUUUAACCUGAGAGUUAUUGGAGAAGGAGCAACUGGAGAAAUUAAGGCUGAAGUUCCCUCCUUUGACCUGUCAGAUGUUGUUGUUGGUACAGCAGUCAGUCAUGAUAUUGUUAUCUACAAUAACAGUAACUGUAGUCUCCACUACAAGCUGCUUAUAGAUCAACAAUUACAGGGGAGUUAUGCAGAGGAGGCUAGCAAGGAAGACAAACUGGCACUUGAGUUAGAUAUGUGUGAUGAUACUGUGCCAGCUUUUUCCCGUCGGAUCAUUCAUGCUACUGUCCGUCCAUCGCGUCGUCUUUCCUACACGUUUGACAUUUCCUAUCAGCUGUGGACUCCAACAACUGAAGACAUUGGUCAUCCUCUUUCUGAAGAGAAACACAAGUUGACUACUCUGACUGCAGUGGGUGUAUAUCCUACGCUGAAGGUGACUGAUGCUAGAUGUUAUGGCAGUGCUAGUGGCAUCAGUAAGGCUAGUUUGUGGAACUUGUUUUCAUUGGACAAUCUGAAUGUAUGUUUGGAGUCAAACCCAUCCCCAGAAGAGCUCACAUAUACAACACCAACACGCCAUAGUACAACACGUAAAGCAGAUGUCCACACUCGUGCUAUAAUGGACUUCAACUUCAGUGGGGCUCCUCAGGGCAGUGCCCCAUGUGUUGUUCAUCUUAUGCUGGAAAAUACAGGAACUGUACCGACAGAAUGGUGUUUUUUGUAUCCAACUGAUCUGCAACUGGAGCUGGAAUACUGGGCAGAAACUGGUGAUUAUGAUGUGGAUGAAUUACACGAGAUGAGGAUUAUGGACAAUAAGUUGUUCAAUAUAGAGCCAAGUCGAGGCAAGCUUAGACCAGGUCAAAGUCAGACCAUCACCUUCACCUAUAACCAUGACUUCGCUGGUACAGAUCGUUUGCCUGUUCUGUUUAAACUGACAAGAGGCAGAGAAAUACUGUUAAACUUUGUAGGUGUGACUGUGGAUCCAGAGUGCAAGUAUGUGCACUUUCCAAGUAACAAUCACAUGUUUGCCCCAGUGCCAGUUGGUGUAGCCAGCCACCCUAAGCAGGUGUAUGAGUUGUACAACGGUGGCGCUGUUCCUGUUAUGUACCAACUAGAUCUUACAGCUUUGGAAUAUAUAUUGCAGGAGAACUACAAUCAUAAGAUAUUUGAAUGCCUGAACCCAAGUGGUGAGAUUGCUGCAGGUAGAACUGCCAAUGUUGAAUGGGUGUUUUCUCCGCUUGAAGCAAAGCAGUACAAGGUGGACGUGCCGAUCCAUAUAAUUGGUGGAGAUACUGCCCUAAUCACCUUCUCAGGGGUUGGUUAUGACAAGAGGAUCAUGGGACAGACAAUGCCAAUGACAGACGGUACUGAAGUUAGUCAAGUCCCAACUGUACAAAGCAUUCCCGUUCAAGGACAGCUCCUGUAUCUGAGUGAAGAGCGUAUUGCUUUUGGCAAUAUGCCACUAUUUUGUCAAUCACGCCGGGUCAUUAAGAUGACCAACCAAUCUAGUCACAGCACAUCUUUUGAGUGGUUUGUAACAAGUGAUAGUGCCAGCCAAGUCAUUGAUAUUCAACCUGUUACUGGUGUAUUACAACCUGGAGAAAGCUGCAUGUGUAAAGGCACAUUUAUUGCAAAUGGGGAACCUUCGUUCUAUGAUCUAGACAUUGUUUGUGAGGUGACUGAUGAGACUGAGAUGGCAGAACAUAAAGAGAAGCUUUCGGACUGGGAGAAAGAAAAGGAAAGGCAGAAAUAUGAGUUUACAAUCACAGAGAGUGACACUCUUAAAGAGCCACCUAAAUCAAGCACCAAACUAUGCCGCACCGUAAGCUCCAAGCGUACAGAGAGCCCAGACUUUCAGCAUUAUCAGACUCUGCCACCAAUCAAAAAUGUCAAAUCUAGCAAGGAGAUGGAGGAAAGUGAAAUACGCAAAGGUCUAUCCGAGACAGGGACACCACUUUGGAGUAAGCCUCAACCUCCUCCAAAGUUCCUUUUACACUUGGGGGCUACUGGAAGAACACACACCAUCGCAGAAUUCCAGACUAACUUCCCAAAUGAAGUUCAACGCUUCUUCAUUGAUAGGAGCAUGAGUGACAGAUUAAACCUGCCGGGAAGUAAUCAGCAAGUAGACAAGACAAGAAGAGAGAUGUCUUUAAGAGCUACUGAAGAAGAACGAGAACUAGUAUCUGGUAUCACUGCAAAUAUCAUUAGGGCUCUACUGGAUGAUCAUGAUUUCCAUGAGGCAUUAAAGGAUAUCUCCAAUGAACCAAUACCUUACUUCACCCAGUUUGGUGAUCGUCCACAGACACUUGGACAGCAAUCUCCUGCAUUCAUCGUCAACUCUAACGAUAUCCCUAGUGCCAUUGUUUCAGACUCUCGUCCUUCUUCUGGCAAGUCAGAUACCUUUGCUGCAACAGCCAUUGACAAUGCUGUGGAGAUAUCAGCUGAUACCCCUUCUGGAGUAGAUUUAGUUCUAAAUCGAUCACAGACACAGUCAUCUGGAAUCCUUCACACUGAAGCAGAUUAUCAGCAGAGUUUGAGAGAAGAGCGCAAGAGAAUUGAGCAACAGAUUCUAAAGAGGUUGCCUGAGUUUGGUACUGUUUUGGAAUCCAUUCUGGAGAAUACGAUUUUCAACAUUACAACUGAAGCAAGUAGUGGUGGUAUCAAUCUAACUGCUCGUCCUCGCCUGAUAGCUUUACCACCAAGUAGUACGAUGCUAGUACAACCUCCACAUUCUGUACCUGGUGUUGGAGUUGGUAACAAGAGAAGCAAUGGCACAACAUCAGGAUCAUUGAAGAGUGUUGCACAUGAUAUUGAACCUCGUAGUCUCAGUCAGGUAUCACGAUAGGAUCAUACAGCUGUAAUGGAGGGAGGGAGAUGUGGCAAUUUAAACUGCAGCAUGAUCAAACAUUUGUCUUGAUACUUGAAACAGGUGGAUCAAAGUUAGUGUGUAGAUAUUCGGAGGGUCGUGUAAAUGCUCACUAGAGGAAUAAUUUGGAUUAAAAUGGUUGGUUGUUUUGAAUUGUUACUAUUAUUUGCACAAGAAAGGUUACCUUUUUCUCCCUGUUUCAUACAUUUGUGCUGUUUUAUCUUCCCUUUAGUACCAAUGGUAAAAUACAUAAUCUACACCCAAAACAGCUUCCUCUUGAGUUCCUUUGUUUCAUAAAACCUAUUAUAUAACACCCAAGCAGAUCCUUGCCAUUUGAUUUGAGGAUUGUCCGUCACGUGUUAGCAAAUAAAAGU